UUCAGCUACUAUGAUGUCAUUAAUUGUCAGUGUAUUUGUUCACAGUAGAUCUAUUAAUUGUUUAUUUAUAUUCAAACGAGUCCUCAGCAGGAGAAAUGUUGACAGCCACAGUGAGCUGCUCUGUCUGACACCACAAGCCUCGGCCAUCAUCGGUGUGUUUGCUGCUGCAGAAUAACUCGAGUUUAUAACAAAAUGAUCACCGACAGAUGGUUGUUUUUACUUCGUGUCCCUGAACAAACAGCUGGAGCAGCUGGAAAACUACUUCUGACGGAGCUCUGAUGUAUUUUAAAACACUUUAGGAGAGAAAUGAGAGGGAAAAGUCGCGGAGCAGCGCUGCUCACCGCGGUGAAAGCGGGAGGUUUGGAGGCUCCUCCAACAAAAAGCAGAGAGCAGCAGAGCUCUACAUGACUUCAAUAUGAAGAGAAACAAGUCCGCUAUCGGCUCCUUCACUGUCAGCCUUCAACUCUUGUCCCACAUUUAGUCUGGAGUCUUUUAUCGAUGAAGAGAAAACACAAGUGGCCCGGCAUUCACACUGCUCACAGGAGCCGCGGCCCGGGUUGACUCUCCACGGUUCUCAUGGUGUGUUUAAGGACCGCCUCCUAUUCUGGGUUCUCCAUUCGUCCAGUCACACUCUCGUCUCGCUGUCGUGAGUAGCAUCAGAUCUUGAAUACACAAUGGCAGAAGUAGCUCCAGCUCCCGCCGCCGCCGCUCCGGCUAAAGCCGCCAAGAAGAAGGCGAGCAAGCCCAAGAAGGCCGGCCCCAGCGUCAGAGACCUGAUCGUCAAGGCUGUGUCCGCAUCCAAGGAGAGAAGCGGAGUGUCUCUGGCCGCUCUCAAGAAGGCUCUGGCUGCCGGAGGCUACGAUGUGGACAAGAACAAGGCCCGCGUCAAGACCGCCGUCAAGGCUCUGGUGCUCAAAGGGACUCUGGUCCAGACCAAGGGGACCGGAGCAUCCGGCUCCUUCAAGAUCAGCAAGAAGGUGGCCGAGCCCAAAGCCAAGAAGCCGGCCAAGAAGGCUCCUGCUAAAGCCAAGAAGCCCGCAGCCAAGAAACCCGCAGCGGCCAAGAAGCCCAAAGCUGCGGCCAAGAAGCCAGCAGCCGCCAAGAAGUCCCCCAAGAAGCCCAAGAAACCCGCAGCCGCCAAGAAACCCGCCAAGAGCCCCAAGAAGGCCGCCAAGAGCCCCAAGAAGGUGGCCAAGAAGGCUCCUGCAGCCAAGAAGGCUCCCGCAAAGAAGACUGUCAAGCCCAAAGUCAAGAAGGCAGCACCCAAGAAGAAGUGAGCCCUCACCAACACCUGACACCUCCUCAACAAAGGCUCUUUUCAGAGCCACCCACACCAUCCUCAAAGAGCUCAGUCCUCUUCAUUAUUCACCACAAAUCUCAUCACUAACAAAAUCUUUUACAUUUUAAUGCCACUGACACUCAACAUCACACUCUGUGUUCACCUGCUGGAAUGUGGGAGAACUCAUCUUCACUUCUCAAACUGCUUUUAUCUCACUGCAGGUUUCAACACACCACUUAACUGAUACUGAUUAUUUUCUUAACAAAGUGUCACGUCACAGAACACAACAAACUCAGCUUCCUCUGGAAAUAAAAUCUCUCUUCAGUCUGA